UCUGGUCGAACGUCCGCGAUCCCCGUCACCCGUCUGUCUUGCCCGCCAACUAUAUACACCACCAAUCCACGAAGCUCCGGCCGGCAUCACCACACCGUCCCCCGCGUCCCCCCGUCUCCCAACCUACCAUCAAACACAGAAAACCCCGCCAAAAUGGCAAUCCUUGGCUGGGCCGCCUUCGGUGCCGCCGUCCGCAUGUGGCAGCUCGGAAUCGAGAUGCGCCCGCUCGUGCACAAGAGCACGGCAAUCGGCUAUCCGAUCUUUGCCAGCAUCGGCGGCGCAUUCGGCUACUACCUUGAGGGUGUCGAGGAUCGGCAGAAGAAGCUGCUCGAGGACCGGAAGGCCAGGCUGCUGGCGAAGCGGGCACGACAUGCUGGACGGGACGAGACGGAGGCUGGGGCUGGGACUGGCGAUAAGGUUCUUGCGUUUUAAGUGCGAUUGUUGUUGGGAAGAGGGGUGGUUACAUAUGAUAUGCUCUUGCUUUUCGGGCUUUCGUCAAUUGCACAGGGCGGUAGGGAAUGAAUGGCUAGAAAGGACAGACAGAACCUCGUAUUU